AACAAUUAAAUCCCUUGCCCGAACUGCCCAAGACCCUGUGAAGAUAUUACGGGCAGGUCCUGAGUAACACCACACUCAAAAUCGCACCUCUCUUCUCUCUUUCUCUUGGAUUAUAUCUACAGCUAUCUCACGCUUUUCAUCAUACGAUCAUCAUCCAACGGUUCACAAUGAACGCUACCUCCGGCGUCUCCGUUCUCAGGUUUUAGCUCAUAAAACCUCCAGAUCUGCUUCAUCAGUCACCGGAUCUUUCGUUUCUUAUCGUGAUUCUACUUUUACGAAAUGGAGGCGAUUCAUAGCGUUAUCAGUUAUAGUUUGCUAAAAUACGCUGGUGAAGCUCUAGCUACUCUGCUUGUGUCUGCUUUGCUUCGAGUUCAGGAUUCCUCUCGGUUUUUAUCCGAAAACCCUAAAAUCAAAGGAGACCAUGAAACAUGUCACUCGAAGCCUUUACAAGCAGAUAGUAAUGAUGAAGAUGAUGAUGAUGAUAGGAAUAAUGAGUCUGAAGGAGAGGAAGAUCAUGAUUCUGAUGAUGCACCGAAUAACACUGACAACAAAAAUAACAUAAACAAAGACAUAACUAGAGGUGCAAAGGGUGAUGGAGAGGAAGAGAAUGGUGAAGAGCAAGAUGAUGAUGAUAAUGAUAAUGAUGACAAUGAUGAAGAAGAAAAAGAUGAUAAUGAUGAAGGUGAAGAUGAUGAUGAUGAUGAUGAUGAUGAUGAUGAUGAUGGAGAAGAUGAGGAUGAUGAUGAAGAAGAGGAAGAGGAUGAGGAUGAAGAACUCCAACCUCCAAAGAAGAGGAAGAAGUAGUCUGAUACAUCACUUUAAAUGUGUCAAUUUGUUUAGUUUUGAGGAUCAUUUAGGAUAAUUAUUGUCUGUCUUAUAAAGAUUAUUAAUCCUAAUUUAGAAGGUUGGGGAAAUAAAUUUUUCAUGGAUGAACAUUUACUUAAGUUAUUAUUUCAGUUUUAUAAUCGGUUCAUUACUUUUAUCAUC